UGAUAAUGUAUUGAAUCCAAAGUCACAGUUCAUCUCCAAUUUGACUUGAUCCCAGGAAGAUCUACAGAGCGAAAGGAAACAGAAAGUUUAAGGACGCAUAUUCUUUUCCAGUCACAGAUAGAGAGAAGAUGUGGAUCUCGGUCUUUCUUUUCUGCCUUUUUACUCUCACUUCUGCAGAUGAGUUCAAUGUACGGGCAAAGGAACUAAUGAAAAAACAUCCACUCAUAGACGGACACAAUGAUUUACCCUGGCAACUUCUAAAACGUUUCCACAAUCAGUUGAACAAAGUGGAUCUGAACACAUUCAAUGAAACCCACACCAAUAUCCCUAAGCUGAAGCUUGGCCAUGUUGGAGGACAGUUUUGGGCAGCGUUCACACCAUGUGACACCCAGUACAAAGAUGCUGUGAGGCAGACCUUAGAUCAGAUUGAUGUCAUCCACAGAAUGUGCAAGAAAUACCCUGAGACAUUCACUUUUGCUGAAACGAGCGCCGAUAUAAGGACAGCUUUCAAAAAUAAAAAAGUGGCCAGUUUAAUUGGUGUUGAAGGCGGACACUCGAUAGACAGCAGCAUGGCUACACUACGCCUCUUCUAUUCACUAGGAGUGCGUUACAUGACCCUUACACACAGCUGCAACACACCUUGGGCGGACUGCUGGAAGGUGAAUACUGGAGCUGUGGAAGCCGAGAAUAAUGGACUGUCAGAUUUCGGGAAGAAAAUCAUCAAAGAGAUGAACCAUCUGGGAAUGAUCGUGGAUUUAGCCCAUGUUUCUGUCAAGACGAUGUCUGAUGCGCUGGAGGUUUCAGAGGCCCCUAUAAUCUUUAGCCAUUCAUCUGCCUACGCCCUGUGUAAGCACGAACGCAAUGUGCCGGAUAAUAUUCUGAAGAUUGUGAAAGAGAAGAAAGGUGUCGUCAUGGUGAACUUCUACAAUACGUAUGUGACCUGUAGUGACAAUGCUAAUCUGUCAGACGUAGCAGAUCAUUUUGAUUACAUCAAGAACGUUGCUGGUUACGAGGCCGUGGGGUUUGGUGGAGAUUACGAUGGUGUCAACAGAUUACCUACAGGGUUGGAGGACGUGUCCUUCUACCCGGAUCUGGUGGCUGAGCUGCUGAGGAGAAACUGGACUGACAUGGAGGUGCAAGCGGCUCUGGGAGAAAACCUCCUCCGGGUCUUUGAGGCCGUUGAAAAUGUUAGAAACGAGCUGUUGGUUGAUGACACCCCCAUUUCUUAUGACAAGGUUCAGAAUCCAUGUAGAACUUCUUACGGCUAUUCAAACUGAUCCAAUACCGGAAUAUCACUAAGUCUUCUGCCUGCAUCUGUCGCUCUAGCUGCACUAUGCUAUCUGUUAGUGUAAGGGUCAACAAACCACUUACUGUACGACAGUUAACAUCAAUAUCUACAAGGGGCAGUGCUGUUGUUGUAUCACUGAAACAACCAUCACCUACGAUAAGGAAAUCCCAAUUGAAAGAAAACAUGAUCGGGAGUACAGUGAACUUGUUUAGUAUGUGUGUUAUUGAAUUCUUAUAAUUCAACCCAAAGUUAUCUCGAGACAUUUUUAUUAAUGGUUUGUUUUUCAAAUGUCAAGCACUUGAAAUCACAUAAUUCAACAAUUCAAUCAGUACUAUGAAAUUAGCAUUAUAAAAUAUGUUAUGUCUUGACUGAAUACAUUCUAUAUGAUGUUCGUUAACCUCUCUCUCAUCAAUAUAGUCUGUAUUCUGUGUUGUGAAACUAAGAAUUAUGACACAAUAAAACAUAUUUUCAAAUAAAA